CCUGCGUUGCAACAUCACUGCCACGUCCGAAGGAGCCCGAAGAAGCAGCAGCAGUGACGGCUCUGAGCUGUGGGAUGGACCGGUGCCUGGCGGUGGUGGGGGGAUGAGAGCUGGGAGUGACCGAGGAGGAGAAACAGAGGAGAGGGAGGAAAGGAAGGAGGAAACACGUAGAGCCACAACACGAGAGCACAGCAGCGGCGCAAACAGCCUGUGCGCAUCUCCAGCCUCUCAGCCUCCCGGAGGAAACGUCCCGUCUUCGGCUCCAUUGUUCCCACACGGAGGCUUGUUCGGGAGCAUUGGGUCACCCAUGCUGAGCGCGGGGGGAAUGGAGGAAUUUGUGACCGAAGAGGAAGAGCCGUGGUACGACCAGCAGGACCUGGAGCAGGACCUCCACUUGGCGGCAGAGCUGGGGAAAACUCUGCUGGAGAGGAACAAGGAGCUGGAGGACUCGCUGCAGCAGAUGUACAUCACUAAUGAAGAGCAAGUGCAUGAGAUUGAGUACCUGUCCAAGCAGCUGGAGGUUCUGCGGGACAUGAACGAGCAGCACGCCAAGGUGUACGAGCAGCUGGACGGGACGGCCAGAGAAUUGGAAAACACCAACCACACUCUGGUGAUGGACAGCAAGGCCUCCCAACAGAAGAUAGAGAGAUUAACAGGGACCAUUGAGACUUUGCAGAACCAGGUGGAGUCUCUUUCAGGGCGGGUGGAGCAGCUUCGCUCCUUGGAGCAGCUCCGAGUCAAGAGGGAGAAGCGGGAACGACGCAAGACGAUCCACUCAUUCCCUUGCCUGAGGGAGCUUUGUACAGCACCAAGGUACGAGGAUGAGUUCGUAGUGGGCAGGGCUGAGAGCUUUACUGUGGAGGCAAAGCGUCAGCCAUUUGAAGAAGAGAACCAGCACCUGCGGGACGCGGUGUCGGCCCUGAGAGCUGCUGUCCGGACAGAGAGGGGGCGUAGAGAGGGCGUGGAGAGGGAGUGCAACCUCCUACUCGGCGAGUAUUCCCGGCUGCAGACACGAGUGCAGGAUGCUGAGGGACACCAGGAAAGGGUGCGUGAGUUGGAGGUGGAGCUGCAGGAGCUGCAGCAGCUACGUCGUGCUCGGACAUUCCUGCUAAGCAGCGAGGAUGACGGCGUGACUCUCACCCAGACUGUCCUCAACAGCACCCCGGAGACUGACACCUUUCUGGAAGUGGAGGUCUUGGAGACGGGAGGAGGGGUGAGGGAGGAAAGUGAAGGCGGAGGGGGUGUCAGAGGUGAGGCCUUACCUGAGUCCAGCCCCGUGAGGAAAAGCUGCAGCGACACGGCACUCAACGCCAUCGUGGCCCGGGACGCGUCUGGCCGGCGGAGAGGCAGCUAUGCUCUCCACGCCAACAGUGUGAGAAAAAGGGGGAUGUCCAUCCUCAGGGAAGUGGACGAGCAGUACCACGCCUUACUUGAGAAAUACGAGGAGCUGCUCGGGAAGUGUAGGCGCCAGGAGGAGAGCCUGUGUCACGCCGAGGUUCAGACUUCCCGACCAGUCUCCCGGGACCCAUCCAUGAAAGACUGUGCCAUGGGCCCCAUCCCAGUGCCGCCCCCUAGCCCGGCGCAGUCGCCCUCCACCCCUGAAGCGAUUGAGAGCAUCAGCAAGCAGGUGGAGGCAGUGGAUAAACGGCUGAGCCAGAACACGCCAGAAUACAAGGCCCUUUUUAAGGAGAUCUUCUCCCGUAUCCAGAAGACCAAGAUGGACAUCAAAGCUACCAAAGCUGCUAAGGCUAGCAAGUCUGGCAAAUCUGGCAAAUCUAGCAAACACUAAUGAUACAGUGCCAGGCUAUAAAGAGGCUGCAGUUAGUGCUGGUGCCAGGGCUAAACGAGGGUUUACUAUUAAGGCUAGUUCACAGGUUCUGUGUCCACAAGUCUGCUGAGGUCAGCUAUAGUCCACGUUGAGUACAUGUUGUAAUCCACUAAUGUCGGCCCCCUAUGCUGAUGUCUGCGUGCUGCCUAAAUGUUUAUGACUGCAAGGAUCACAUGGGUCUACCGUGCAUGUCCCAGGUAGUACAAUAUAUUGGAAUGGAAUAUGGGAUCAGGAACGCGUCUUAUUCCUCGCAUUCUUAGUUAAUCUUAUUUUAGUAUGAGUGUAACAUGCAACAUGUGCUUGAUCUGAAUGAGUAUGCAACUUGUUGCGGACAUGAAAAGUAUGGAGAGACGUUAAAGCCUCUUAUUAAAGGGGGGGAUUCUGAAGAAUAUGUUAAAUCAAAGUACAGUUCAGUUUAUUUGAAGUCAAAUUUAACUGCACGGCUGGGAUACAGAAUUAAAGCCUGAUGUGGAUGUGGAUGUGAGACAUUUUAAACCGCAGAUUCCAGUCAUAUACAGUAUAUAAAACAUGGCUACAGUAUACUUCCUUCAUAUUCUUUCAAUAAUCUAUACUAUCUGGCUUCACUAUAGGCACAGUCUUUUGCCAUAGAGCCUCAUAAGAGCACUAAACAUUGAAGCUUAACUAAAAAAUUGCAUCAGGAACAUGAGUGGAAAUUUAAAAUGAAUGUGAACUGGUAUCUGGUGUGUUUAUUUUAAGGUACAACAGAAUUAGUAAAAACAAUAAAGAGUGGUGCUCUCCAGCUACGGUGCUGUCUGUCUCAAGAAUGAACUUGGACGUGCUAAUAAUUAUCUGACAACUUAUGGCGUCUUUUUCCAUGAUACAGUUCCUGCACUACUCGGCUCGACUCUACUCAGUUUGUUAUCACGCAUAUACUGUAGUACCUCCUCACCAUGGGCGGGGUCAUUAAAAAUAAUUGUUCAGUACUUCCUGCAUGACCGGAGACAGUCACUGAACUGAAAUGCGGCUGAACGGGUUGUGAUUCAGCUCGCGAUCGCCUGCUUUUUUCAGUGCUGUCGCUAAAUACACCAGACUCUGUAUUAAAUAUUGAGAUUUUAGAAAUGUCCCUGUUAAAUGUUGUAGAUUAACGCAUGUUUCCAGGACUUGUAAGUCGUUUUAACUGAGCCACAUUUCGGCGUUGUUCGGUUGUUGACUUCACAUUAAAGUAUCAGAUCAGCUCGCUUGCAACCUCAUCAGAUCAGGUACUA